GCGGUCAUGUGACUUCAGCAUGGCGGUGUUUGCGGAUUUGGACCUGCGAGCGGGUGCCGACUUGAACGCUUUGCGCCGGCUCGUGGAGAACGCCGCUCACCUUGGCUAUUCAGUUGUUGCCAUCAAUCAUGUUAUUGACUUUAAGGAAAAGAAACAGGAAAUUGAAAAACCAGUAGCUGUUUCAGAACUCUUCACAACUUUGCCAGUCGUACAGGGAAAAUCAAGACCAAUUAAAAUUUUAACUAGACUGACAAUUAUCAUUUCGGAUCCCUCUCACUGCAAUGUUUUGAGAGCAACUUCUUCAAGGGUCCGCCUGUAUGAUAUUGUUGCCGUUUUUCCAAAGACAGAAAAACUUUUUCACGUAGCUUGCACACAUUUAGAUGUGGAUUUAGUCUGCAUAACUGUAAAAGAGAAACUACCAUUUUACUUCAGAAGGCCCCCUAUUAAUGUGGCAAUUGACCGAGGCUUGGGCUUCGAACUUGUCUACAGCCCUGCCAUCAAAGACUCCACAAUGAGAAGGUACACAAUUUGCAAUGCCCUCAAUUUGAUGCAGAUCUGCAAAGGAAAGAACAUAAUUAUAUCUAGUGCUGCAGAAGGGCCUUUAGAAAUAAGAGGCCCAUAUGAUGUGGCAAACUUAGGGUUGCUGUUUGGGCUGUCUGAAAGUGACGCUAAGGCUGCGGUGUCCACCAACUGCAGAGCAACGCUUCUCCACGGAGAAACUAGAAAGACUGCUUUUGGAAUUGUUUCCACAGUGAAGAAACCUCGGUCGUCAGAAGAGGAUGACAGUUCUCUUCCAGCGUGCAAGAAAGCCAAGUGCGAGGGCUGAACAGAAUCCUGCAGUCGGUCUCCAUCCGUGCUCCCCUCUACCCUUUUAUAGUUGCAAAUAAAACCGUUGUAUGAUU